UUCCCGGCUUCGGUGGUACAAGCAGCCAAAGGGUCUUGCUCCAGCCAUGACUCAGAGAGUCCUUCUGUUAACAGCCUUGGCCUUAUGUCAUGGGUUCAACCUGGACACUGAAAAUGCAGUGAUCUUUAAAGAGAAUGCAAGGAGCUUCGGGCAGAGCGUGGUCCAGCUUGAGGGAUCCCGGGUGGUGGUUGGAGCCCCUCUGGAGAUAAAGGCUGUCAACCAAACAGGAGGCCUCUACGAGUGUGACUAUAGCACGACCACCUGUGGGCCCAUCCAGCUGCAGGUACCUCCGGAGGCUGUGAACAUGUCCUUGGGUCUGUCUCUGGCAUUUGCCACUAACCCUUUCCGGUUGCUGGCCUGCGGUCCCACCCUACAUCAAACUUGCAAGGAGAACAUCUAUGCAAAAGGUUUAUGCUUCCUGUUUGGAUCCAACCUACUGCAGCCGCCCCAGAGGUUCCCAAAGGCCCUAAGAGGUUGCCCUCAACAAGAUAGUGACAUCGCUUUCUUGAUUGAUGGCUCUGGUAGCAUUGCCCCACAUGACUUUAAGAAGAUGAAGGAGUUUGUCUCAACUGUGAUGAAUCAGUUUUCAAAGUCUAAAACCUUGUUCUCUUUGAUGCAGUACUCUGAAGACUUCCGGACUCAUUUCACCUUCAAAGAGUUCAAGGAUAACCCUAACCCUAAACAACUGGUGACGCCAAUAGAUCAGCUGUAUGGGAAGACACACACUGCCACAGGAAUCCGCAAAGUAGUAAGAGAACUGUUUAACAGCAACAGUGGAGCCCGGGAGAAUGUCCUUAAGAUCCUAGUUGUCAUCACAGAUGGAGAAAAGUAUGGUGAUCGCUUGGAGUACAAGGAUGUCAUCCCUGAGGCAGACAGAGAGGGUAUCAUUCGCUACGUCAUUGGGGUGGGAGAUGCCUUCAGAAGUGUGAGUUCCCGUGAAGAGCUUAAUACCAUUGCAUCCAAGCCACCUCGUGAUCAUGUGUUCCAGGUGAAUAACUUUGAAGCUCUGAAGACCAUUCAAAACCAGCUUCAGGAAAAAAUCUUUGCAAUUGAGGGUACUCAAACAGGAAGUACCAGCUCCUUUGAGUAUGAGAUGUCUCAGGAAGGCUUCAGUGCUUCCAUAACUUCCGAUGGUCCCUUGCUGGGUGCCGUGGGGAGCUUUGACUGGGCUGGUGGAGCUUUUCUGCACAUGCCAAAAGAUAAAACCACCUUCAUCAACACAACCAGGAUAGAUUCAGACAUGAAUGAUGCUUACCUGGGUUAUGCUGCUGAAGUCAUCUUGCGGAACCGGAUCCAAACCCUUGUUCUGGGAGCACCUCGAUAUCAGCACACUGGCCUGGUGGCAAUGUUCAGACAGAACGCUGGUACCUGGCAGACCAAUACUGUUAUCAAGGGCAAGCAGAUUGGCUCCUACUUUGGGGCCUCCCUCUGCUCCGUGGACGUGGACAGAGAUGGCAGCUCCGACCUGGUUCUCAUCGGGGCUCCCCAUUACUAUGAGCUGACCCGGGGGGGCCAGGUGUCUGUGUGCCCCUUGCCCCGGGGGAGAGCGAGGUGGCGGUGUGAGGUCACUCUCCGAGGGGAGCAGGGCCACCCCUGGGGACGCUUCGGGGCAGCCCUGACCGUGCUGGGGGACGUGAAUGGGGACAAGCUGACGGACGUGGCCAUCGGGGCCCCGGGAGAAGAGGAGAACCAGGGUGCUGUCUACCUGUUUCAUGGAAGCUCGGGACUGGGCAUCAGCCCCUCCCACAGCCAGCGAAUUCUAGGCUCCCAGCUGUCCCUCAAGCUCCAGUAUUUUGGUCAGUCACUGAGUGGGGGUAAGGACCUCACAAUGGAUGGAUUGGUGGACCUGGCUGUAGGGGCCCAGGGACAUGUGCUGCUGCUCAGAUCCCAGCCUGUGCUGAGUGUUGAUGUGACCAUGGACUUUACACCCAAGGAAUUGGCAAGGAAUGCAUUUGAGUGUCGAGAACAUGUGGUGAGAGGCCAGAAUGCUGGGGAGGUCAGAGUCUGCCUCCAUGUACACAAGAAUACAAAGGACCGGCUGAGAGAAGGAGAGAUCCAGAGCAUCAUCACAUAUGACCUGGCUCUGGACCCAGGUCGCCGACAUCCUCGGGCCAUUUUUGAUGAGACAAAGAACAGCACACGCAGACAGACACAGAUGUUGAGGCUGAAUCAGAAAUGUGAGACACUGAAGUUACAGUUACCGACUUGUGUAGAGGAAUCAGUGACCCCCAUCACCCUGCGCCUCAACUUCUCUCUGGUGGGGCAGCCUUUGUCCUCCUUUGGGAACCUCCGGCCAGUGCUAGCUGUGGAUGCCCAGAGACUCUUCACAGCCUUGUUUCCCUUUGAGAAGAAUUGUGGCAAUGACAACAUCUGUCAGGAUGACCUCAGCAUCACCUUCAAUUUUAUGAACCUGGACACCCUGGUGGUAGGUGGUCCCCGGGACUUCAACGUGACUCUGACUGUGAGAAACCAAGGCGAGGACUCCUACAGUACUGUGGUCGCCUUCUUCUACCCACCUGGCUUGUCUUAUCGGACAGUGUCAGUGUUCCAGAACAAGCAGUCAUGGCGAUCCUGGCAUGUGACCUGCGAGUCUUAUGCUUCCACUAAAGGUCCUGAGACCUUGCAUGGCAGCACCUGCAACAUAAACCGCCCCCUCUUCCCAGGCAACUCAGAGGUCACCUUUAAUAUUACAUUGGACGUGGACUCUAAUGCUUUCCUUGGAAACAGACUACUUCUCAGGGCCAAUGUGAGCAGUGAGAACAACAUGCGGAGGACCAACAAAACUGAAUUCCAGCUGGAGCUGCCUGUGAAAUACACUGUCUACACAGUGGUCACCAGACGUGAGGACUCCACCAAAUAUCUCAACUUCACAGCUUCAGAGAAGACCAGCCAUGUUAUAAAGCAUCAAUAUCAGUUCAGCAACCUGGGGCAGAGGAGCCUCCCCAUCAGUGUGGUCUUCUGGAUCCCCAUCCAGCUGAACAAGGUGACCGUGUGGGAUCAACCUCAGGUCAUCUUCUCCCAGAAUCUAUCCAGUGCCUGCCACACUGAAGAGAGGGUCCCCCCUCAGUCUGACUUCCUGGCUGGGCUUAAGAAGACCCCAGUGCUGAACUGCUCCAUUGCUGUGUGUCAGAGGAUCCAGUGUGACAUCCAGUCCUUCAGCAGCCACGAAGAAUUCAACGUCACCCUCAAAGGCAACCUCUUGUUUGAUUGGUAUAUCAAAACUUCACAUAACUACCUCCAGGUUGUGAGCACAGCAGAGAUCUUUUUUAAUGACUCAGUGUAUACCCUGCUUCCAGGACAGGGGGCAUUUGUGAGAGCCCAGAUGGAGACCAAAGUGGAGCCAUAUAAAGUGCAUGACCCUGUACCGCUUAUCGUGGGCAGCUCUGUUGGGGGGCUGGUGCUCCUGGCCCUCAUCACCGCUGGACUGUACAAGCUCGGCUUCUUCAAACGGCAGUACAAGGACAUGAUGAGUGAAGCUGCUCCAGAAGCUGCCCCGCCCCAGUAGCAGUUCCUCCUCCAUGGAGUGCCCUCUCCUGAAGCAAGCAGGACCUUGGUUAUACCAACAUGCAGGCUGCUAGACAGACACGUCUGUCCAGUAGGAGGCUGGGGUGGUGAUGUCUCACUCAGGAAAGACCUGCUUAGGUUUUCAUUUCCAUUCAUGUGUGCAUACAAGUGUGCCUGUGAGUGUAUGUGGGUUGUGUGUGUGACUCAGAUGUCUCUUGUAUAGGGGGACAGGUAGCUUCAGCAGAUGCUCUCAGGCACAGGGAAUUGCUUGGACUUGCUUGUGUGUGAGUGAAGGUGCCGUUCAGCCUUCCUCCAGGACAGAGGUGAUGGCAGCUCUUGUGGGUGAACUUAAAGGGAAAGCAAAAGAUCCCAUCCCUGCUGAAGGAUGUGAGAACUCCCUUUGUGGGUGAGCACACAGACCUGCAGAAACCUGUACACCUGGGACCAACACUGUAUGUAGAAGCCAUGCUGGAAUGAGGAUCCAGUCAGACAAUAGGAGCCUGUCCAAACCCAUUCCACACUAGAGCUAAA